AUGGAGAUUACAGGCAAGUCAACACCAAGUCAAGUAAAGGUCGCGGAAAAUAAAACACUCAGUAAACUAGUCAAGUGUUCAAGUCUACUUAGGGAGACACAUAUAACACAAGGAAUUCGCACAAGAUGCACUGCAUCUGCAUUAGACAUGGCACCUGCAACAACUCUCCGCUCUCUUUCUCCAUAUGGCAUCCUCGUUCUCUUCACCCAUCUUCUCAUAUUGUUCUGGUCCAACACCGUCGCACAAUCCGUCAGCAACGGGUCCGAGGUCGACCGGCAUGCCCUCCUCUCCUUCAAGUCCAGCAUCUCCAGUGAUCCGCGUGGUGUCCUGUCAUCAUGGAGCACCUCGACCAGCUUCUGCAGCUGGAGAGGUGUCACCUGCGGUAUUACUCUUCCAACUCGUGUGGUCUCGCUGAACUUGAACUCUAGAGAACUUACUGGGCAGUUAUCUCCUUGGAUAGCUAAUCUUACGUCACUAGAACAGUUAGACCUUUCAGAAAAUCUCUUCUCUGGAGGCAUUCCAGAGGAGUUAGGCACACUUCGACAGCUACAGUUUAUGAUCCUUUCAACGAACAACCUUGUAGGUACCAUUCCUAGAUCAUUAGGCACUAGUAGAUCUCUUAAAAGUGUUGAUCUCUCAUUAAACCAGCUUGUCGGCCCUAUCCUAGAUUUCCAUAAGAUGUCAACCCUUCAAUUUCUUGAUCUUUCAAGUAACAACCUUUCUGGAAGCAUACCUUCAUCAUUGGGAAAUGUUUCUUCUCUCACAGAUAUACGGCUUGACACAAACAGGUUAUCGGGUUCAGUUCCAGAGACCUUGAGCCUUAUUCAGAACCUUAGUAUUCUCAGUUUAAGUAACAACUACCUGUCAGGGCACGUCUCCACCAAACUCUGUAACAUGUCAUCACUCAUUUAUCUUGGACUAGACCAGAAUAACCUUACUGGACGAGUACCAUCUUGCAUUGGAAACACGUUACAGAACCUUGGAUUGCUGGCCAUGUCGGGUAACAAAUUUGAGGGAUUAAUUCCAUCAUCACUAGCAAAUGCAUCAAACCUCCAAUAUAUUGAUCUUGGACACAACUUACUAAAGGGACGAAUCCCAUCUCUAGGGUCUCUAUGUAACUUAACCUUUCUAAAUUUAGGAAAUAACUUCCUACAAGCUGAAGAUUGGGAAUUCCUUGUCUCUUUGACAAACUGUGCGCAACUUAAAACAUUGGAUCUGAAUGGAAAUGCCCUGAAUGGAAAUAUCCCUAUAUCAGUUGGAAAUCUUUCUAGAAGUUUAGUGCGUUUAAUUCUUGGAAACAAUCAAAUUGCCGGCACAAUACCAGUUGAGAUUUUUAACUUUCGAAGCCUCCAAAUGCUUGCUAUGGGCCAAAACUUGCUUUCCGGUGUUAUUCCCUCUCUUAUUGGGAAUCUAGGCCAUCUGAUUGUCCUAAACCUAUCAGGAAACAAAUUUUCUGGCCAGAUCCCAUCUACAAUAGGUAAUCUUUCUCGGCUGAACAAGCUUUAUCUACACAACAAUGAGUUGAGUGGGAACAUCCCAGCAACUUUAGGAAAUUGCAAUCAACUGUAUAUGCUAGAAGUAUCUUUUAACAGCCUUGAAGGACCAAUACCAAGUGAACUCUUCAAUGGCACAACCCUGAUCGGUUUGGAUUUGUCAAACAACUACCUUACAGGAUCAAUACCACUACAAAUUGGUGGAUUGAUUCAACUUCUCCGACUCGAUAUUUCCUUCAACAAAUUGUCUGGUCAAGUUCCACUUUCAUUUGGCGAAUGCGUUGAACUAUCUUCUCUCAGAUUGAGAAGUAACAUGCUUAAUGGAAGCAUACCUCGAUCAUUCAGUAACCUGAAGUCCAUCGAGCAGAUUGAUCUUUCCCAGAACUCCCUUGUUGGAAAAAUUCCAGAGUUCUUUGCAAACAUGGAUUAUUUGCAGCAACUUGAUCUGUCUAUGAACUACUUUGAAGGGCCGAUUCCAACUGGUGGCAUCUUUCAGAAUCAUAGUGCGGUAAACUUGGAAGGCAAUGAUGAGCUUUGUGCAAGUGCAGCCACCACCUUAUAUCAAUUCCCAGUUUGCACAACAACAUCAGCUGUUGGGAGCAAGAAGAAUGCACUCUUAUUGGUAAAAGUAAUUCCUCCCGUUGCCAUUGCCCUGAUCUCUUUCAUAUGCUUUGUGGUCACUCUUCUGAAGAGAAGGCAAGCAGAAACAACUACAUGCUACAAGGAGACAAUGAAGAAGAUUUCUUAUGGUGACAUCGUCAAAGCUACCAAUUGGCUCUCUCCGAUUAACAAGAUCAGUUCAAGUCGCACCGGCUCGAUCUACAUUGGAAGGUUUGAGUUUGACACGGACCUGGUCGCUAUCAAGUUAUUCCAUCUCGAAGAGAAUGGUGCGCGCGACAGCUUCGCUACCGAGUGUGAGGUGCUGCGAAACACCCGUCAUCGCAAUCUUGUCAAAGCUGUCACCGUAUGCUCGACAGUGGACCCAGAGAACAAUGAAUUCAAAGCUAUAGUUUUCGACUUCAUGGCCAACGGAAGCCUGGACAUGUGGGUCCAUCCUAAGCUACAUCACAAUAGCCCGAAGAGAGUACUAAGCUUGGGCCAGAGGCUAAGAAUUGCGAUGGACGUUGCGCUGGCUCUGGAUUAUAUGCACAACCAGUUAACUCCUCCUCUGAUCCACUGUGAUUUGAAGCCCGGAAAUGUUCUUUUGGAUUAUGACAUGACUGCAAGGGUUGGUGAUUUUGGGUCAGCAAGGUUUCUCCCUUCAACUCCUGGUAGCCCAGAAGACUUGGUUGGUGUGGAAGGAACAAUAGGUUACGUCGCACCGGAGUACUGCAUGGGAUACAAAGUUUCACCAGGAUGUGAUGUUUAUGGUUUUGGAAUCCUCAUUCUAGAAAUGCUCACGGGAAGGCGACCGACGGAUGCAAUGUUCACCGGUGGCCUGAGCCUGCACAAGCUUGUGAGCUCAGCAUUUCCAAGCAGACUGGGAGAGGUUUUAGAUCCCCAUUUGUCCCACGAGCAGCAGCGUGCGUGUGACAGAGUGCUUAUGCGGAGAUAUAUGGUACCUCUGGUUGAAGUUGGCCUCCUGUGUUCCAUGGAAUCGCCUAAAGAUCGACCGGGAAUGGGAGAAGUUUGUGCCAGAAUUCUGUCUCUCAAAGAGGCAUUCUUUGAGUUCUGCUGA